ACAUAGUUUUGGUGGAGAUACGGGCAAAUAUAAACAGGUAGCUUUACACUCAGUGUUACAAGCAGAACAGCAAAAUGUUAGCGGGGUGAAAAUGUGUAUUUCUAAUAAGCUUAAGGAACUUCAACAAAUAAUGCUCAUACUGAUGAAUUAAUUUGCUGAAACUGCAAGGAAUGGGCUUUUUGUGUUGUUUAUUUAUAUUUAAAUAAUGAACAACGCCAGACAACAAAGCCUCAAUGGAUUCUGCUUUCAACAAGCAGCAUGAAAGAGGAGUCUUCCCAAGGCCUUGCUGUAUCAAGUGGAAGACAGCAUGUUUUGUCUGAUGAAAUCGUUUCCAUGGUUUGGAAUGGAUAUUGGUGGAACGUUGGUUAAACUGGUCUACUUUGAACCUAAGGACAUUACUGCAGAAGAGGAACAAGAGGAGGUGGAAAACCUGAAAAGCAUUAGGAAAUACCUGACCUCCAAUACAGCCUAUGGUAAAACUGGCAUUCGUGAUGUCCACCUAGAACUGAAAAAUUUGACCAUGUGUGGACGCAAAGGAAACCUGCACUUCAUCCGCUUUCCCAGCUGUGCCAUGCACAGGUUCAUACAGAUGGGUAGUGAAAAGAACUUCUCCAGUUUGCAUACUACACUCUGUGCCACAGGAGGUGGAGCUUACAAAUUUGAGGAGGACUUUAGAACGAUUGCUGAUCUGCAACUCCACAAACUGGAUGAAUUGGACUGUUUGAUCCAGGGCCUGCUUUAUGUUGAUUCUGUUGGUUUCAAUGGCCAACCAGAGUGCUAUUAUUUUGAAAAUCCUACAGAUCCUGAACAGUGCCAGAAGAAGCCUUACUGCCUUGAUAAUCCAUAUCCUAUGCUGCUGGUUAACAUGGGCUCAGGAGUCAGCAUCCUAGCUGUGUAUUCUAAGGACAAUUACAAGAGAGUUACAGGAUCCAGCCUGGGAGGAGGAACAUUCCUGGGCCUCUGCUGCUUGCUGACUGGCUGUGAGACGUUUGAAGAAGCGCUAGAAAUGGCUGCGAAAGGAGACAGCACCAAUGUGGAUAAACUGGUGAAGGAUAUUUACGGAGGAGAUUAUGAGCGGUUUGGCCUUCAAGGGUCUGCUGUAGCCUCAAGCUUUGGCCAUAUGAUGAGUAAAGAAAAGAGAGAAUCUAUCAGUAAGGAGGACUUGGCCAGAGCUACUUUGGUUACUAUCACCAACAACAUUGGUUCUAUUGCUCGCAUGUGUGCACUGAAUGAGAACAUCGACAAAGUGGUAUUUGUUGGAAACUUUCUCAGAAUUAAUAUGAUUUCAAUGAAGGUGCUAGCAUAUGCUAUGGAUUACUGGUCCAAGGGACAGCUGAAAGCUCUGUUUUUGGAACAUGAGGGUUAUUUUGGAGCUGUUGGGGCGCUUUUAGAAUUGCUUAAAAUGACAGAUGAUCAAUGAUGAAGAUGUCUCAAGAGAUAUCUACUGCAGAUGCUGCUGGAUAAGAGUGAAAGCCACUACAAGGAUGGAAAUGAAGCCAUUAUGAUAGUUCUAACUGCUGGAUUUGUAAAUAAUUUAAAAUCCUUUUAGCUGAUCUUUAACUUCUGGGUUUUGAGCUUACACUUCGGAGUUCAUACUGGGAAUACUGAGAUUUUUUUUUCUGUACACUGUAUUUUUUAGGGGGAAAAUGUGCAACGUUGCCAAACAUACAGAGUUUAUGGAAUUAUUUUAACUGUAUACUGUUUAAUGUAGGAUCUGUGAUACAAGGCAUCUGCUUUUCUUCUGGGGUUUACUGAUCAUAGUGUGGUAAUUUUAACUUCAUUUAGUAAUCACUCUAGGAGAUUUUUUUCUUAUUUUCAUGACGUUUCAUGAUUUGUUCUUGGUUUCAAAUGAAACUACGAAGCUGAUGCAUUUUUACUGUGAAAACUAGUUGUUGAUUUGUUGCCUUUUCUCUUUAGAUGAGUCGCUUUUAUUUAACACCUUUCCCUCAUCAUGUCAAAAAAUAAAAAUAAAAAUACAGGCUUUCCUGUGACUUCGUGAGUUUCUUGGCAAGAACACAGUAGAACUUUAGGAGGGAGAGUGUGUGGUGAAAAGUUAAUUCUUCAGUUGUCCUGAUUUUCACAAUCAGGAACAGGCUGCUAACUUGACACUAAAAUGAAAUCCCAUUAAUGUUGAAAGUGAUUUGUCUGAAGAGCUCUGUAGUACAGUAGUUAUUUAUAUGGUACGUACUUGGUGAUAGGUGGGAAAGGGAGGAGAUUACUUCAAUUUAUUUGAAGACUUUUCUGUAGUCUGUGAUUUCUAAAUUGCUGGUGAUCAAAACCAAGCGUUAACUGCAUUAUCCAAAGCCCAGUUUCUAAAGUUAGAAAGAUUAUUGCUAAUGCAUUUUCUGUUUUUAAGCUAAGGCUUACUUUCCCUGCAGGACACCAAGGUUUAAGUGUUUGUUCCAGUAUGUUAUUUUCUACCUUGGUUUGAUUGGCAAAUCUCCAGAUAUUUGUGUUGAGGUGAGAUCCUUCUGAAAUCUAUGUACUUAGCUGCAUAGGGUGGACAAGCUUGCUUUUCCUGGGAACCUUGAAGGCUCACAAAUCAGAGGCUGAAGAAGUCCACAAAUUAUUUUGUCUGGUAGAGCUGUAUGUCAUGUCACAUAGCAUAAAGGGCUCAUCGGGAGGGUAGUGUAAAAUUCAGACACAUGUAUUAUCCAGUAUAUUUUUGGAAGGGGGUUUAUUCACUUUUUUAAUAAUCAUUAAUUUCCAUAUCUCACAGAUGGUGAAAUGAAUUCAUAUUAACCUAAUUGUUAACAUGUCUGAUGGAAAUAAAGACCACCACUGUUUUGACGAUUUUAA